CAAGUCCGUCCAUCUAUCCUUAAAAAAUGAAUAGGAAAACUAAACAUAGUCAAAAUAUAAAAAUGUUUUUAAUAUAAUUUUCCCUGAAUUGAUAAAUUAAAUUAUCAAAUAUAAAAUAAUAAUUUAUCAAUUUAAAUUAAUUUAAAUUGUAGAUCAUAUUGAUAAGAUAAUAUAAAAAGAACAUAAGAGACAAAUACUAGCUAUAGAAGACAAUUAGAAAGGUAUAUUAAUGUAAAGAAUGAACGACCUUGCUUUUUUUAAAAUGAUAGCAGCUACCAAUUGGAAAUUUGAUCAGAUCCAUAUGGCAGGUGAAAGUACAACAUUAAGAGAGAUACAAGCCAAAGAAAAAGAAAGAGAUGAGGAACUGAAGAAAUUAAAUAAAUACAAAAUAUGAUUUAUAUAUAAAUAUUAAUAAUAUAAUAUAAAUAAUUAGCAAAGAUUUGUUUUGCAUAUUUGUAAAGGAAAAUAAAUACAAUUAAUUUAAAUUGUAAGUAAACCUCGAAUAUUCUCAAUUAAAUUAG